AUGCUUGUACGACAACAAAGAUCAGAGCAAUCCUGGGCUCCAGCUCUCACCGUCGACCGUACAAAUCCCGUCGGUGCCGCCGCCGCCUUUUGCCGCCGCGACCUUGUAUUCGUUGUCAAUCCUCGAGGGGCUAAUGGAAGUACUGUUAAGGAAUGGAAGAAAUUAUUGCCAUACCUAAGGUCUCGCCUUGGAACAGAAUGUAAUAUAUGUGAAUCUAUGACUUCAGGGCCUUGCCAUGCUAUUGACAUAACGAGGGAGGCAAUACGCGAGGGUGUUGAUGCUGUGAUUGCUGUUGGGGGUGAUGGAACUCUUCACGAGGUUGUUAAUGGCUUCUUCUGGGGUGGUAAACCUGUUUCUAGUCAUGAUCUGAAGGAUGGGCAUACAACUGCUCUUGGUCUUAUCCCUUUAGGAACUGGAUCUGAUUUUGCCAGAACGCUUGGCUGGAAAAACGAUCCUCAUGAUGCCGUGGAACGCAUUGCUAAAGGGCUGAGAUCUCCUGUUGAUAUUGGAGUCAUCAGUGGACAAAGUGGAGAACCUCAUUAUUUUAUAAAUGUUGCUGAUGUUCAUCUGAGCGCAAAGGCUGGUUAUUAUGCAUCAAGAUACAAGAAAUUUGGAAAUCUCUGUUAUGUCAUUGGUGCUCUGCAAGCCUUUUCUGGUCACCAUAACCAGGACUUCAAAAUCAAGAUUGAUGAUGGUGAUUGGGAAGCAUACUCUCAGGUAACAGCCCUUUGUGUUGGAAAUGCAAAAUUUUUUGGUGGCGGAAUGAAGAUUACACCAAAUGCCCACCCCUCUAGCAGGGAUUUUGAGGUGGUUAUUCUUCAGGACUUUAAAUGGUAUGACUUCAUCCUCAAAUUGCACAAGCUAUACAAUGGGACACACCUGUCAGUAACAAAUGUAUCUUCAAGAAGAGCACGAUCGAUAGAAGUUGAAGAGAUUACCAGUAGUGGCAGGAUCUAUGUCCAGUCAGAUGGGGAACAUUUAGGGUUUCUUCCAAGGAAAUUUACUAUCUUACCUGGUGCUGUUGAGAUGAUAUGCUAA